CCCAGCGGCGGGCGGGGCGUUCGCGUCGACUCGGUUCCCCGGCGAUUGCGUCUGUCUGUUGUUGAGUUAUGGUGCGGGCCGGGACCCCCGGAGGCGGCUGGCACCCGGGCUGGAGUGUGGCUCGUUGCUGAGCGCCGCCCCGGUGCCGAGCGGGCUAUGGGCGAGCCCGACCCCUUGGUCUCGGGGCAGCUCGCGGCCGGCCGGAGCUGGUGCUUGCGGCGGCUGGGGAUGGACCGCGAGUGGUUGCAGCUGGAGGCUGCGAGUGAGGUGACUAUUGGUCGAGGAUUUGGUGUCACCUACCAACUGAUAUCAAAGGUGUGUCCUCUGAUGAUUUCUCGAAACCACUGUGUUUUGAAGCAGAAUCCUGAGGGACAGUGGACAAUUAUGGACAACAAGAGUCUGAACGGUGUUUGGCUGAACAGAGAGCGUCUGGCACCAUUACAGGUUUAUUGCAUCCAAAAGGGAGACCAUAUCCAGCUUGGAGUGCCGCUGGAGAACAAGGAGAAUGCGGAGUAUGAAUACGAAGUCAUUGAGGAAGACUGGGAGAGGCUGUCUCCCUGCCUUGCCCCGAAGAAUGAGCAGACGGCGGGAAAAAACCAAGACUUGAGAACUAAAAGGAAAUUGAGUUUGGAUGGAUUAGAGAGUCCUGCGGCUGACGGUCCCUCGGGUCUCAAAUGCAGAGUCAACGCCCUGUCCUAUAAAGCUCUGGAGCCGGUGAAGUUAGAUGGGAAAGGUGAAGCGGCCAGUCAGCCCUCGGGAUACCCGCGUCCUAAGUUGACUCCUCUGGAGGCUCACGCUUGCUCUACUCUCCCCAAGGUCCUCGAACUUUCCCCUAAGAAGCAGAAGGCCCCCCGCCCUUCAGCAUCUCAGAGCAGCUUAGAGCUCUUUAAGGUGACCAUGUCCCGGAUUCUGAAGCUGAAAACGCAGAUGCAGGAAAAGCAGAUAGCUGUUCUGAAUGUGAAGAGGCAGACCCGGAAGGGGAGCUCGAAGAAAGUGGCGAGGAUGGAGAAGGAGCUGCAAGCUCUGCAGUCUCAGCUGUAUGCAGAGCAGGCUCAGCAGCAGGCGCGGGUGGAGCAUCUGGAGAAGACUUUCCAGGAGGAGCAGCAUCACCUCCAGGGUUUGGAGAAAGAGCAGGAAGAGGAUCUGAAGCUACAGCUGGUCCAGGCUCUGCAGGAGCAUCGGGCUCUAAUGGAAGAGCUGAAUCGCAGCAAGAAGGACUUUGAGAAAAUCAUUCAAGCCAAGAACAAAGAACUGGAGCAGACCAAGGAAGAAAAGGAGAAGGUCCAAGCACAGAAGGAGGAGGUCCUCAGCCACAUGAAUGACGUGCUGGAGAACGAGCUUCAGUGCAUCAUCUGCUCCGAGUACUUCAUCGAGGCUGUCACCCUGAACUGUGCCCACAGUUUCUGCUCCUUCUGUAUCAGUGAAUGGAUGAAACGGAAAGUCGAGUGUCCCAUUUGUCGAAAGGAUAUUGAGUCCAAAACCCACUCCCUGGUUCUGGACAAUUGCAUUAGUAAGAUGGUGGAUAACCUGAGCUCAGAAGUGAAAGAGAGAAGAAAUUGCCUUCUUAGGGAACGGAAAGCAAAGAGACUGUCAUGAAGGUCACACUCCAAGGACAUGUGAGAGACACUAGGGGGAUGGCAUCCGAGUGAUCUAGAGGAUUCCUGGAUUCCCUCAGGCUGCUCUGGACAUCACCUGGGAAGUCACGUGCUGCAGAGACUGAGUUAGGAAGCCUGUAUCACUGGCCUUCCGUUGUGCCAACCCUACUGACACCAUCGGCUAAAGGACCACAGGACUCCUCCACUGGCUGCUUCACUACAUGUUAAAUGAGUUGAGUUGUAUGUUUCUGGAUGUGCUGGUUGAUUUUGAUACCUCAUGCGCCCCUGUUGACAUCAUCUUGGACAGUGGGUGCACUCUAUGGCUGCCCUGAAGGCAGCGUGCAUUUGGAGUCUGGUUUACCUUUCUUUGUGAAAACAAGAUGUCGUUUCUUAGAAAUAAAAUGUAAAACCCGCCGGUU